AUGUCAGAAUUAGCAAUCAGUUCCACGAAAUGGCUCGUGAUUUCAUUACGAAACGGUGCUGGUAUUGUAUUCAAUUUAAAUGAUACAAAACAAUGGCAGUAUCUUCAACCCGAUGUAGCAAAUGACCAAUCACAACAGAAGACGAAUGACGAUGAUGAUGAAAAUACAUCUGAUCUCAAUCGGAAUUUGGUUAAAUUCACUCCUGAUGGUCAGAAAUUGGUGAUCAAUGGACAGAACAAACAAAUAUACAUCUAUAUACCAUCGGACGACAAGAAAACAUAUUGGCAAUUGCAGCGAAUCAUCACAGUGAUCAAACGUGCAUCAGCAUUAGAUUUAACUAAUGAUUUUCUACUCAUCGCUGAUAAGAGUGGUGAUGUUUAUCAAACUGACUUAUCGACCACAAACAAUGUGACUCUAACAGGAGAAAAUUGUCUGAUGGGACAUCUAUCCAUGUUACUCGAUGUAGCUUUUGUUCGUACGAAUGAUGAACAAGAAUAUAUCUUAACUGCUGAUCGAGAUGAAAAGAUUCGACUGAGUCAUUAUCCAAAUGCUUAUAAUAUCGAAGGCUAUUGUCUCGGACAUACAGAAUUUGUUUCUCAUGUGAAACUCAUUGAUUCAAAUCGAAUCCUUUCGGCCUCAGGCGACGGUACACUUCGUCUAUGGCAUUUGCCAGAUUGUAUUCAAUUAAAUGUCUUCGAUUCACAAACAUUGACAUCCUCAGCAAAGCAAAUCUUCUACGGUCAGUCGUCGUCAUCUGACUAUCAAAGUUCUUCGUCGAUCAAUCAUUCCAUUUGGAAAAUGGAUGUGGCAUCUGCGUCUGAUGUUUUUCUCGCUUUUUCAAUCUAUGCCGAUCGUGCACAUUCGAUCUAUCUGACUACUUUAACGAAUCUAGAAAAAACAAGUAAUGAACAGCGUAAACUGACGUUUAAUUCUACAUAUGGCACUAUUAUUGAUUACUGUUUUUCAUCGAAUGAUUUAUACAUUCUCUUCGAUAGUCACAAUUUGCUAACAGUGAACAUACCUUCCGUACUCUCGUGUGAUAAAAGUGAAUAUGUGCAAGACAAUGACUCAUCGAUCAGUGCGAUAUUAGCUACUAAAGGAUUUCAUUUAAUGAAUAAUAUCAAUUCAUUGGAAGUUAUAUUUAAACAAUUAUUCAAGACGCGAGGUGAUCCGGGUGAUAGUUCCUAUCAUAAGCGUAAAAAUCAGCGAUUGGAAGAACAAGAAGAGAAACGAAGAAAAAAACAAGAGAAACAAUCAACUACAGAUGAAAAUAUUUAA